AUGGCUAAGUUCUUGAAAGCUGGUAAAGUUGCUGUUAUCGUCCGCGGUCGUUACGCCGGUAAGAAGGUCGUUAUCAUCAAGCCACAUGAUGAUGGUUCCAAGUCUCACCAAUUUGGUCACGCUUUAGUCGCUGGUAUUGAGAGAUAUCCAUUGAAGAUCACUAAGAAGCAAGGUGAGAAGAAGGUUGCUAAGAGAACCAAGAUCAAGCCAUUUAUCAAGGUGAUUAACUACAACCACUUGUUGCCAACCAGAUACACUUUGGAUGUUGAAGCAUUCAAGUCUGUCGUUUCAACUGAGACCUUUGAAGAGCCAUCUCAAAGAGAAGAAGCUAAGAAGGUUAUUAAGAAGGCUUUUGAAGAAAGACACCAGGCUGGUAAGAACCAAUGGUUUUUCACCAAGUUGAACUUCUAA